GCAGCUCGCGACUCUCCCCGCCUCCGGCCGGACUGUCACUACCCCGCACUCUCUCCGCUUGAGCUAACGUUAGCGCAGCUAGCACAAGUGUCCCUACAGCGACACAACAGUGCUAAGCUACGCAAACAAGCGAGCAGGCACGGCACGGGUAUCCUGCACUAGCCUGUAGGCAGCAAAGGCUCCGGUGGCCACGAAACUGUCUCAUCGACUUCUUCAGUCAACUCCUAGUGGGCCAGUGUGAGGCAGGUUGGUGAAUAAAUUAUUCCAUUCGCUGACAGAGGCGGCAUGGCGGCGCAUCCGGGCUCCGAGCUGUAGCCCAAGAUGACUGGGGCGGAGAUCUCUGACUGGUGGCUGCGAGGCGGUGAGGAGAACUCCCCUCUACGAUAUUAUAAUGAGCCUCCUACAGCAGGGCAUUGUGAGUGCUACUAAAGAUGUCUGAUAGUGUUGAUAUUGAAGAGAAACCACCAGCCCCCCCCUUGAGAAUGAACAGUAGUUCCCGAGACUCUUCAUCAGUGAAUCACGCAUCCAAACCGCUUCCAAUGGCUCCUGAAGAGAAAAACAAGAAGGUCCGCCUGCGCUCCAUCUUCCCCGGGGGAGACAAGACAAACAAGAAGAAAGAGAAGGAACGUCCUGAGAUAUCCCUACCCUCAGACUUCGAACACACCAUUCAUGUUGGCUUUGAUGCUGUAACAGGAGAAUUCACAGGCAUCCCAGAGCAGUGGGCACGGCUCUUACAGACCUCGAACAUCACCAAGCUGGAGCAGAAGAAGAACCCGCAGGCCGUGUUGGACGUCUUGAAGUUUUAUGACUCCAAAGAGACCGUCAACAACCAGAAGUACAUGAGCUUCACUUCAGGAGACAAGUCAGCACAUGGGUACAUAGCAGCAAACACUCUGAACCGGCUGCUGUCAUCUGGGCCUCCUGUCAGCCUUAGAACCUGCAGCGCAUUAUUUGACAAGGGUGCCAAAACAUCAACAACAGAACCCCCGAUUGCUCCGCCUGUGUCAGAGGAGGAGGAUGAGGAGGAAGAGGAGGAGGAAGAAGAGGAAGACGAAGAGGACGACGACGACGAACUGCCCCCGGUCAUUGCCCCUCGACCGGAACACACCAAAUCUAUCUAUACGCGCUCCGUCAUGGAUCCACCAAAGCCUCCCACCCCCGUGAAAGAGGUGCUGACUCCACCGGAGUCACAGGUCCAGCCGGAGAACACGCCCAACACAAUGUAUCGCCAUACCGACCGGCAGAAGAAAAAGUCCAAAAUGACGGACGAGGAGAUUCUGGAGAGACUCAGGAGUAUUGUGAGUGUGGGGGAUCCCAAAAAGAAGUACACACGCUUCGAGAAAAUAGGACAAGGAGCGUCCGGGACUGUGUACACUGCCAUCGAUAUAGCAACCGGCCAAGAGGUGGCCAUUAAGCAGAUGAACUUGCAGCAGCAGCCCAAGAAAGAGUUGAUCAUCAAUGAGAUCUUGGUGAUGAGGGAAAACAAAAACUCCAACAUAGUGAACUACCUUGACAGUUACCUGGUAGGAGAUGAGCUUUGGGUGGUGAUGGAGUAUUUGGCUGGAGGCUCGCUGACAGAUGUAGUGACUGAGACCUGCAUGGACGAAGGCCAGAUUGCAGCAGUCUGCAGAGAGUGUCUGCAAGCUUUGGACUUUCUACACUCCAACCAAGUUAUCCAUAGAGAUAUAAAAAGUGACAACAUCCUCUUAGGGAUGGAUGGAUCCGUGAAGCUGACCGACUUCGGCUUCUGCGCUCAGAUCACUCCCGAGCAAAACAAGCGCAGCACAAUGGUGGGAACGCCCUACUGGAUGGCACCAGAGGUGGUGACUCGGAAAGCUUACGGCCCCAAAGUGGACAUCUGGUCUCUGGGAAUCAUGGCGAUAGAGAUGGUGGAGGGAGAACCACCUUAUCUGAAUGAGAAUCCACUCAGGGCGCUCUACCUGAUCGCAACCAACGGGACUCCAGAGCUGCAGAAUCCAGAGAGACUAUCAUCUGUGUUCAGAGACUUCCUCAACCGCUGUCUGGAGAUGGAUGUGGACCGCAGAGGUUCUGCCAAGGAGUUGCUCCAGCAUUCUUUCCUCAAGUUGGCGAAGCCUCUAUCCAGCCUGACGCCCCUGAUUGUAGCUGCAAAGGAAGCCAUAAAGAACAGCAGUCGCUAAGGAUGUGCUCUCUGUCCGCACCCGAGGCUGGAGCCCCGCCUGCGAUGAGUGCUUUCAUCACAUCCAGGGGCUUGGGUGUAUGGGUGUAUGGGGGGCGGGUGACGUGACAGUGACAGCACAAGGAGGGGUUUGUGUGACUUACAGUGACAGCACAAGGACAAAAGACCCCCAGGCCUCAAAUGUAGGAUGGACAUCUGGCCUUGCAGCGUCUCGGCCCAUGCUGCUGAAAAGACCUUGUCUCCCCGUUUACUCCUCCAGCACUCUGUACAUGUAGAGCAGUCUAUCACAAGUGUGUGUGAGUGUGUGGGUGUGUUGGCCUGCGUGCGCGUAUACAAACUGUGCACAUUUCUUUGUGUCGUACGUCCUGUUUGGGAGGCGGUUGCUUCCCAAACCGAAAAAAAAAACCAUGAGAAAAUUGAAAAGAAAGCGUGCUCAUUUUCAAGAAGAGGCUCCAAGAGCGAUGAGGAGAGACAAAAAAACUAAACUUGAAGAGCCUGAAUUUCCUUCCCUGGCAAGCUUUAGGCUUGAUUAUCCCUCCUCCAGUCCUUCCCUUCGUGGUGCACCAUCGGGCCACACCUGCACCUGCAGGGACUGGCUGAUGUGAGAGCGUGAUUCUGGACCCAGCCUUUGCCUGCAUGACUACGGCUCUGUGGAAAAAACAUAGCUACUCCUCUGCAGACUGUCACAUCUCAAGGUGGAAUAUUUUUGCAUUUUCUGUGUGUCUGUGUGUGUGUUUGUAAAUGCGUGUAGUAGGGGUGCCACUACAGGGGAAAAAGUCAGGAAUAAUUUCACAUGACCUAUGCCAGCUUUAAACACCCUUUAUUAAUCCAUUUCAUAUCGGUGAAGAGUUGGAGUUGGCGACGGUUGCCUGAAGUUUUGGCUGUUUCCUGUUGCAGACACACAUGAUCACUGAUGCCAGAGCCAGAGCUGUGUGCUUGAUGUUUAUAUUAUGGAUAUCUGUCAUUUACUCAUCCUAGAAGAUGGUCAUCUACAGUAAGUUGGAGGUCCAGCGCCACACUCAAUCACACCCAAGGAUGCCCCAAGAAUCACAGUGUCCUUAGUCAAAAUACACCCAACAAACAAAUGCUGUGAACAAAAAAUAUAUUUAUCCAAUUGAAACUGACAAACACGACAUAAAGGGAAAGUACUUCAAAUGCAUGUGUUGUGUCCAAUGAGCCACUGACCACCAGCUGCCCCUCCUUCCUUCCCUCCUUCCUUCCGUCCUUCCUUCUUCCUUUUUGUACUUAUGAUGCUGCUCAUUCAUUCAUUUCCCCCCCCCCCUCAUUUAAUUGGAUGUUAUGCAAAUUCUUUCCGUGAUAUUUACAUUUUAUCACCUUGUGGGUGUGCGUCAGAUCAAAAAGAGGGGGAUGUUAUCAAGGGAGUGAAGCAGGAAGCAGGGAGUGCCAUUUUACGAUUGUACCUUGCCCUAUAGCGCUGAAAACCCUAGCCGAGGUUCACAUUGAUCGCCAUCAUUCCUUCCAUACUGGGUUUGCUUAAACUCACUCCUCUGUACAGAAGUUUAGAUUUUGUGUCUGUAUUUGCUGCCUUCAUUGGACAUUUCCCAUGUAGCAUUCCCCCCCCAUGUGUGUGUGCGUGCGUGAGUGUGUGUGUGUUAGGGGGCUACCUCAAUCUGCACUAGAAGAUGCCUCACUCGUGUUGUCCACCUUGACUUUGAGGUGCAGGGUAGCUGCUUAGUCAUAUUGUACCUCCACUGUCCAGCGCAGAAGAUGAAGGAGUGACGUGAGACAGGAGGAUGCAACAGAAUCCAUGCAUGUAAAACAAACUAUACACUGUAUGUCAUCUUCAGAUAGGUUAAGAUUGUUAGGAUAUGUAUGUAUGUAUGUAAAUACGACGGGAACCCCCACUUUUUUUUCAUAACUAUGUAACUUAAAACGACAAUAUUCAGGUUGCUCUGUGGUAUGUAUCAAUAAUUGUUUUGCACCCUGGAAAUAGAAGAGAAAAAAAGAGAGAAAAGCAAACACACAAACGCCGUCUCUGCACUCCUGGAUCCACCUCUCCUGUUUGGGCUUUAUAGGACACUCCUUCAUCUGGACAGAGAGCCGAUGAAUGCAGCACUCUGUGUGCGGGCCCACACAGUCUGUCCUGAAUACCACUGCUGAGUGUUUGUGCGUGUGUGUGCGUGUGUGAGUGCGCGUGGUAGGUGUGGGUGGCCUGUUAGGAAGCUUCGCCAGCCCUGGGACAUCUGGCCUCUGCCCCAUGUACAGGUCUGAACUAUGAGCACAAAGGUGAAUUUCGGGACGAGAGACACCGCCGACGUGCCCCCUUUUCUGUGGUUGCUCCUGUACAUUCCUAUCUUCUGAAUGUGUAAACCUGUACACGUGGUGUGAAAAUUCCUCUAUUAAUGUCUAUCAAGAGAAUGGAACAAAGACAAAAAAUGUUACUUUUUAAAUUAUUAUCUUUAUUAUUAUUAUGAUUAUUAUUACUACUACUCUUAUUAUUGUCUAGCUUUGUAAAACUGCUGAUCCAUCUGGCAUACCUCAGCAGGCCUUCCCCCAUCUUUGGAAAAGGACAAAUGAGUGAAGGGGAAAUGAGGUUUUGGAUAAACUAUUUUUAAUUGUGGUUGAAGCAAUAGACUUUUUGAACUUUGAAUUGUGCAUGGCUGUGUCUUGAGUGUCCAAAAAACAAAAAAAAAACUGAAGGAAAAAAAAACAACAAAAUAUUGCAGUUUGGGAACUGGACUGAAAUAA